GUGAAGUAUACGGAGCACGGACGGAGAUCCGCAGUGUAUAUCGGGACACUUCAUCUUCGUCAUAUUUCUCUUGGAGCAGUUGGAGCAGUUGGUUGCUGGAAGCUCGUUUUGCAUAUAUUCAACUAUGACAAGAAGGAGGAGGAGACGGUGAAAGAGUACUUUGUAUAUAAGGUGCGGGGGCUGUAGCCGCCGCGAUGAGCCCAGCGCCCGUUUGCAGUGAAGAAGUGGUGCUGCAUCAUCAGCAUCAGGGUGAUAAUAAACUCCUCAGAGGAGGUACCGUCGUCGUCAUGAAAUCCGUGUCUGACGGCGAGAUCGGCACCGAGGUCAAAGCCAAUGUCCUCGUGGUCAACGAUUCGGUGGUUGUUGAAGCUAAUCCUUGUGCUAAAACGAGAAGGACCAAUCUCAAAAGGGCAGUAACAUUGCCAAGAAUGUUACAGUUUCCAAAGAGAAGAUCAAAGCAUCAGGGACAAGUCAUACUAAAGGACAAUAUGCAAACGUUAGACCAAAAUCGACUGUUGGUGGGUGGUAAAAAGUUGGGCCACAAUGCACCAUUGAGAAAGUUUGGCAAGUACAUUAAAGAAAAGUUUAAAAGUGUGGCAAAUGUCGGUGAUAAAAACAAUAAAACAGUGAACAUUAACGGGAUUGGCUCGAGUGCAGGUGACAUAAGGCUGCCGCCUGUCAGGCCAGCACACAUACCUCCCGACAGAGUUCCAGGUGUCAUAGGAUUAAGAAAUCAUGGCAAUACGUGCUUCAUGAAUGCAGUAUUACAGUGUUUGUCGCAUACAGACGUCCUUGCAGAGUACUUUGUGUUGGACCAGUACAAAGCUGACCUGUCUAAAAAGUACAAGUUAAACCCUAAAAAGUAUGGCACUAAAGGUGAAAUCACAGAGCAGCUGGCGUUGCUGCUCAAAGCUAUCUGGAGCUGUCAGUACGAUCCAGAGAUGAGCACUGCUUUUAAAAGUGUCGUGGACAAGUAUGGUAGCCAGUACCGCGGCAAUUUGCAACAUGACGCUCAGGAAUUCUUAUUGUGGCUGCUGGACAAAGUUCACGAAGAGCUCAACCAAGCCACCAACAAGAAGUACAAAUUAAUUAAGAAUUCGUUCGGUAGACCAGAAAUCGUGGCCGCCGAAACGUACGAGAACCACCGAAGGUGCAACAACUCGUUCGUCCACGAGGUAUUCCAAGCCCAGUUCCGCUCGAGCCUCACCUGUCCGCGGUGUCAAAAGCAGUCCAACACCUUCGACCCCUUUCUCUGCGUCUCCGUCCCCGUGCCCCAAGUCCACCGCCAGAUGAGCCUCUUCGUGAACGUCCUCUACACGUCCCAGCAGCCGAGACAGGUGCGCAUCGGCGUGAGCGUCAACCAGGCGGCCAACGUCAAGGAGCUCAGGGAGAUACUCGCCACCGACACCGGGGUCGACGAGAACCACAUGCUGCUCACCGAAGUACACGACGAGGGCUUUCACAGGACGUUCUCGGACUGCCAGCCGUUGUCGGUGAUAACGGAGACCGAUCCGCUGUACUGCAUCGAGCUGCCGCAGCUGAAGGAGCCGACCGAGCAGGCUUACAUCCUCCUGGUCUGGAUCAACGUGCUGGUGAAGGGUGAGCUGCGCCAACGUUUCGGCAGCCCGUACACGAUGCAGGUGUCGCGCGAGACCUCGUACGAGGAUCUCCAGAAGCUCCUGCUCAAGGAGAUGCACGCUUGCUUGGCCGACGACGUCCUAACGUCGAGCCAGGGCCCGGGGCUGUUCAACAUCCGCGUGGCCGAUCCCGCUGCCACCCCGGCCCAGGACGAGCACCCGUGCAUCGACCCGUGCGUUGAGCACCCGCUCUACACCGAGCAGAUUGAAACCGCCCUGGGAUUGUGCGCCGACGACUCGGGGCCCCAGCACGUCAAGCUCAUCCUCGAGUGGGACGAGACCGCCAAGUACAACAUCAUUGCCGACGACACAGACCAGAUCGAGGAGCACGCCAGCGUCAAGCAGCUCAAAAACAGCUCCGAGUCGGGUGGUGGAGUCACCCUGGAGGAGUGCUUCGACUUGUACACAAGAGCGGAGACAUUGGGAGUGGAGGACGCCUGGCACUGUCCGCACUGCAACCGCAAGCAGGAGGUCGUGAAAAAACUUGGGCUGUGGUCGUUGCCUGUCGUCCUGGUGAUACACCUAAAGCGCUUCAGGCAGCAGUCCAAGCAGCGCUCGACGUCGAAAUUGACGAUGCUCGUUGACUUUCCACUCUACGGCUUCGACAUGACGCCCCAUUUGGCACACAACGGGGUACAAUCUACGCACACGCCGGUCGCGACGUCCGGAGGCUUGGGCUGGUCGCCCUGGAAAAAGCCCAGGACACGGCAGUUCAACAUACCAAACAACGACGAGAACGUAUACGACCUGUACGCCAUUUGCAACCAUCAUGGACAAGAUCUGCAGGGUGGACAUUACACGGCAUUCUGUCGCAAUCCUUACGACACCCAGUGGUAUUGUUUCGACGACACGCGAGUCGAGCCUGUUACGAACGACACGAAUCUCGUGACCAACGCCGCUUACAUUCUGUUUUACCAGAAACGCGGUCGGGCGAGCUCGUCGACGGGUAACUCAUCGGCGGCGUCGACCUCGUCCGCUGGCUCGGGACUCGACCACUGGGUAUCCAAGAUGCCGCCCUUUUACUUCAACAACAAGAACAAUACCACGAACGAACAAAACACUAAUACAAACAACAAUAAUAAUAACAACAGCGGGAAUAACAACAACAUGAGUAAUCAAAUGAGCAAGAGCCAGGAGACGCUCUGCCAGGACAAAGUCAUCGAGGAGAAAAAUAUGAACAAUUUCAAUAGGGGAGGCAGGAAUUACUCGACUCUUCAGCCUGUCAAGAGGAGCGCUACAGUUGACCUUGAUGGUGAGGAGUCGUCACCUCUGAAGACGGCUUUGGAGUCGGAGUACGAGAACGAGGACGCGCCAGGCAUAAUCGAAUGGACGUCACCAAAAUCAUUGAGGAAAACGUCUUCAAUCACGUUAAUGCCCUAUCCACAUUAUCCGGAGCGGUCGAUAAUACAAAACGGCACAAUUGACGAGCAUGAUGCAUCGGUAAUCCACGAGUCGACGUUGUAACGCACGAUAUAAGACCGCGAGAGGUUGCCUUGUACUCGUUCUUCUUAUUUACGACAAGGCGACCUGCAGAUCAUCGUGGUGGAGCCGCGACUCGAAGUGAGCGGUGCCUGGAUUCGGCGUGUCGUGUGUCUGUGCGCGUUGUUACGGCGCUUUCGCGAGGACGAUUGUUCUUCGGCCACUAUUGUCUAAGGCUCUGUUUAUUCUCUCUUUCUCACUGCGAAUGGGAAGUUUAUUGCUUUAAAGACGGAGAAAUUUUAUAUUUUUUCAAUUUUUUUACAUUACAACUCAAAUUCUGCGUUCUGUAACACAACCAAAUGAUGGGGUUCCUCUUUUAGCCAGGAUAUUCACGACUCCUGUGCUCUUUCGAUGCGAUUGUUUACUGACAACGAUAGGUCCGGUAAAUAGUGCCUCGGUCAGAAUUUAGAUAUAUUUUUCUAAACAAAGGAUAAAUGCGUGUAAUUGUUUCUCUGUGGAAACAAAAUGAAAGUUAUCGAUACGCGAGUGGGUGGAUUUUUGACUUGUGUAUAGUGGCAUGAAAGAAUAUUAGUUUUUUUUGUUAGUAUAGCACAGCUCCGUCGAUAAGGCAGUACUUCGAUAUAUUCUUAAAAUACACUGUAAUUAUGAGAAUUAAGGUACUUGAGCGAUGCUAGUGUUACUAAUUUGUGUAAAACAAUACUCUUUCGUAUAACCUGUAAGAAAAGAUAUAUAUUUAUCAUGGAUAAAAAAAAGAAGAAUAAUAAAAAUAAUAAAUAAGAAAAAUAAAAAAACAAAUCAAAAAUGCAACGAGAGAUCUCAAAAGUUAAACGUUUCUUUUUUGACUCCCCGUUGGUUUUUUUUUUUUUUUUUUUUUUUUCCGAAUUCCAUACCGAAGUAGUAGGUCGAUGGUAGAACAAAAGCCUGUCUUUGAAAGAUAGAUCACACGUAUAUUCGAGGUAUUAAACGAGCAAUCUAUUUACAGAAUAUUUGUAUAACGUAUGCGUGAAAUUUACUUAUACUAGCAAGUAAUGAUGAUAAAAAUAUAAACGUGCAAGACAAAUUGUAAGGGAAAACUGAUAAAUGAAAAAAAAAAUAUAUAUAUACCUAGUGCGUAAGUUAUUUUCUGAGAUGAAAGUGUGUCAUCAAAGAGUUUAUAUAAAUGUGGUGAAUAAAUUGCAUUGUGAAACCUUCUAGUUAAUCGUUUAUCAUUUAUAAGCAUAUAAAUAUAUAUUUGAAAAAAAAUCGCGUUCGAUACAAUCAUCAGCCGACGGAAUUCUGUAGCGGGAAUUUUUUUGAGUAAAUAGAUUUUCCUUUUAAUUAAGCAACAACAAAGUUAAAGCUUAAAUCUCCAAAGACAAUAAAACAUUAUAUCAAGUGAGUGCAAUCCAAAAUUUUAACAUUUUUUUUCUCAACAAAACAGUGUCCAAAUCCUGCCUGAUUUCGGUCGGCUGACGACUGCCCAAGCCUUUGCUUAGAAGUAAUAUUUAUAUUGUAUCUGUAAUCACCCGCUAGUGGCCUUAUCUGUCAAUAAUUGAUUAUCGAAUGUAUCGUAUAACACACGAUCCCUUGUAAACAAUAUAUUCCCUCUCGUUACUUGAAAACGUAUUAGUUACGUUCAUCGGCAUUUUUUUUAAUGCAGUCGAUAGUUUUUGCUUACAUUGUAACCACUACUUGUAUAUUCAGGUGAGACUUACACGGCUCAUAUAGACUUUUUAAAGAGUUUUCCACAUUUUUGGAUACUGAAACGGAAAAAAAAUCAAACAAGAUCAAGUGAAAAAUGGAUUAAUCGUUGAAACCUCGCUACGUAGCAGUUGCAUAGUUUUUUUUUUUUCUAAAGACUAGGUACCUAACGUUUUAAAGAUACCUUCCAAUAAUCAUUCCAGCUUUUUUUAAUGUUUGUAUUGAAAAAGGGCAGAUAAAAUAAAAAAGAAAUGGCUAAAGUGAAAAAGAAAUGGAAAACAAAAAGAAGCACAAUGAGUGUGAUGAAAAGAUGAGUGCAGAACGACAAAGGGGAAAUGUUGUAGUUACAAAAAAAAGGGGGUAAUUUUUCACAACUAGUCAUACAGGGGACAAAAGUUUUCGGAGUGUUUGAGAUUGUGACUGAUGUUAUAUGUUAGACAAAUGAAUCGAAGAGUGCAUGAUGAUUACGAGCUCUUUUGGUCUGUUAUUAACUAUCGUUUUGGAUAUGAUUCUUAUUUACAUAAACUAUUAUUAUCAUAUUCUUAUAAUUACUAUUGUCAUUCUUAUUACCACUGAUUUUGUUGGAAUAAACAUUGUCAUGUAACA